AUGGCGGACCAAACAAUCGAAACGGCCUACGACGCCGCCCUAGCCUCCGGCGCGAUCCGCGGCGCCGUCAUCUGCGCAUCUAACACCACCGGCGACUUCACCUACAACCUCGCCCUCGGCUCGCGCACCCUCCUCUCAGGCGAGACGCGCCCCCAGCAGCUGGACGACAUCCUCUACCUGGCCUCGGCCACCAAGCUCAUUACCGCCAUCUGCGCGCUGCAGUGCGUCGAGGACGGGCUGCUGACCCUCACAGAGGACGUCUCCAAGUUCGUCCCGGAGCUUGCGCGCCAGCCGGUGCUGACCGAGUCCGGCGCGCUGGAACCUAUCGUGGCAGGUCACCCCAUCACGCUGGAGCAGCUGCUGGCGCAUACCUCCGGUGCGGCAUAUGACUUCCUUUUGCCCAGGCUGAUGCAGUGGCGCAAGGAGAAUGAGGCGCCCCUGGCUGAGGGUGCUACGCGACCUGUGGAGGAGGCGUUUGCGUACCCGCUUGCCUUUCAGCCGGGGACAGGGUGGAUGUAUGGGACGGGGUUGGACUGGGCAGGGAGGAUUCUAGAAAGGCUGACGGGUAUGACACUCGGAGAGUUCGUCCGGAAGAGGGUCUGUGCGCCGUUGGAAAUUGAGGCGGAUGAUGUGCAGUUCUAUCCCGUGAAAGGGGAUGCGGUGCGGGAGAGGAUGGUGAAUCUGAACCCAAGUGAUCCUGAAGGGUUGGGACUUGCAGUGCUGAAUGGUACGGGCGAGAUCAACAAGCGGAGCCGGGGCGAUUUUGGCGGGCAUGGCUUGUUUAUGACCGGGAGGGACUACAUUAAGGUGCUAAGGUCGCUACUAGCGAAUGACGGGAAGCUGCUCAGGCCGGAGACGGUAGAGGAGAUGUUCCAGAACCGUAUCGGACCCAAGGCCGAGGCGGGACACCGCGCGACGAUGGAGGGCCACCCAAGUGGUGACUUUUUCCGGUUGGGAGUCGAUCGCGGGACGAAGGUAGGUUACGGCCUCAGCGGCGUGUUGACCCUUGAGGAUGUUGAGGGCUGGUAUGGCGAGGGGACGCUGACAUGGGGAGGAGGGUAUACUUUCACCUGGUUCAUCGACCGGAAGAACGGCCUGUGUGGUCUUGGUGCCCCCCAGGCGUCGCUGCCUGUCGACCUCGGCGUCAUGGCGGAGCUAAUGCAGAUUUUCCGCCGUGACAUAUACCGCAAGUACGCGGCGUGGAGGAAGGGACAGCAGCAAGUGUCAUGA